AGCACCCUCAGUAUAAUCCAGUAAGAAUCAAGAACUGGUUGUAAUAGAAAAUGACAGGAUUCUACCGGUACAUGUUACUUUUACUGGGGUUUUUCUCCAUGACAAAGAAAACAGAUGGAGUGCAGGUGAAUGCAGCACGUUCGGGCAUAACCAGCCAGUCAUCGACAAAUGGCAACUGGCUUUCCCAGAAUGCUAUUGAUGGUGUGAGCAGAAGAUGUACCCAUACUAUUUCACAGGCCAACCCAUGGUGGAGAGUGGAUCUGCAGAAGACGCUCAGUGUAGACAGAGUGGUCAUCACUAACAGACGAGAUUGCUGUUCAGAGAGGAUAAAUGGGGCAGAGAUUCGAGUUGGACACAUUGCUGACAUUUACAGGAACCCUUUAUGUUCUGUAAUUCCUAGUAUUCCUGCUGGGGCAUCAUACACCUACUCAUGUGGUGGGAUGUUGGGACGUUAUGUGUAUGUGGUUAUUCCUUCAGCUUCAGCAAUAUUGACUCUCUGUGAGGUGGAAGUCUAUGGAGAUUUGUCAGGAAAUUUGGCAUUGGGAAAAAAUGCAACACAGGCAUCAACAUGGUACACCUGGUAUGCUGGACAAGCCAAUGAUGGUAAUCUAGGUCUCUUGCAGCCGUCGACAGCGUGCUCCGCUACAUAUUAUCAUAAUAACCCAUGGUGGAGGGUGGAUCUGCAUAAUGUGUACAAAGUAAACAGAGUGAUCGUCACUAACAGAGCAGACUGCUGUCUAGAUCAAGUAAAUGGAGCUAAAAUUAUCAUCGGAAACUCUUUGGAGAACAACGGCAACAGCAACUCCAUAUGUGCUGUGAUUCCUAGUAUUGUAGCCGGUGAAUCUGCCAUCUUUGAUUGUGACUAUAUGGAGGGUCGGUAUGUGAAUCUGAUCAGUCCUAGAAAUUCAACGGCUCUAACUCUGUGUGAGGUGGAAGUCUACGGAAUAGGCCCCUGGUUAAAGCGUUCAUUUGUGAGGAUAGAAUUUAAAUCCAGCGCAAGUCUGACUGACUCUGCAUUGAGAGUCGACCUCCUUACACAGCUGCAGUCUGCUCUGGCCACAAGGGGCAUAUCGGAUGUGAUGUUGCGUUGGUCUCAGAUGCCCAAACAGGACAAGAGACAGAAACAAGAUGUCAAACGUAAAUGUCCUUAAAGAAACUGACCGUAAAACCAAAAACACUUUUUGGGACAGCUUCAAUGUGGUCUUUUAUUUACAUUGCUUGAACAUUCUCCAUUCCUAAGUUUUGAUUAGAAUGCAAGACUCUUUACAGCAAUCCAUUAUUUCAUUUAGCUCUGUUUCGUUCAUUAGGAUCUCCUUUUUCAGCCGUUUGCUUCUGUGAAAGUGACAGGGUGACAUUGUUAAUCAUUGUUAAAAACAUUUAAAUGUUAUUUUAGCAUUACUUGUCACAAAGCUUAAUUCAUUACUUUUUUACAUCUUACAAAAUGCAAUAAAUGCAUUUUUUUUUUGGUUUAUGUAAUAUCACAUGGCCAUUGAGAAUCAUGCCUCUACAUGGCUUGUGAGAUGAUUAGAGGAAAAUAUUAAAAGAUUAAAAAUGAAAAGAAAAAUGCUACAAAACAUUUGAAACAGUAUAUUGUGUUAGUAUGAUAUACCAGCGUUCCCGCGGGUCCUUAAAAUGUUCUUAAAUUCAGUUUUCUAAAAUGUAAAUUCAUAAAUAUCUUUAAUGGUAUAACAAAAGUUUUAUUUAUCAUUUAAAGAGGUCUUAAAUUUGUGAAUAGAGAGACAGGAAUCGUGAUCUGGCAUAAUGCGAUUAUUAUUAAACUUCAAAACUCUUUGAAAAAAAAAUGGCAUUAAAUAAAUGUGUGCACUGCUUGCUUCAAAUUGUAGACACUAUUGCACAUUCUUCAAGCACAAGGAGAGCUCAUGAUUCUGUGGCCCUGUCCCAAUACCCCCACUUGCGGUUUUGGACUUGCCUACUUACCGACUUGUCUUACCUAUUUCCGGUGUUUGGCCACAGUGUGCAAAUAGACGUGAAAACCGCGAGUGUGUGUAUGAGUUUUGAUUGCACAUUGGGGCACUCUUAGACUUAAGACUUUUUUUUUUUCAUUCAAUAUAGGCUAUGAGUUUUAAAAACUAUCGGCAGAUAAAAAUGGCAUCGCCUUUCUUUCAAAACAUUAUAAUUGUAUCCGCACAAUCCAAUAUUGAUGGACCACUAGUAAC